UCCUCAUUCCGCGACGGUCUCUUGUUCGAGGUGGACGAUACCCUGGAACUCCUCACUACACUUAACCGACCGACCGACUGAAGUUCUUUCGAGACUUUGUGACUGACUUGUAUUUAAUUUUAGGUGAAGUUUGGAAGAAGAAGAAGAAGAAAAGGAAUCAUGAUGAGUCGACUGGCCUUCGUAGUAACCGCCUCCCUGUGCCUCGGUCUCCUCCUCUUCACGCCCUCUGCGGAGGCACAGCAAGAAGUACACGCCGUCCAGCAAAAUCCACAGUCUCAGGGAUUCCUGGAGAGGAUCAUGACGGAUUACGUCUACCCAAUCCGGGAUUACGACUGGAGGGGUAUGGUGCGGCGUCUGCUGAACGGCGUCAUGGAUUACUUGGCCCCAGACGCUAAGGAGCCUAAGGUCGGGGGACCCUACGGCCAUCCUGCUCAGGAGCGGACAGGUGCUUUCGUGAGGAGUGUACUCUCCCGAGCCGUCCAUUACGUGGAGUCUCUAUUGGAUUGAAACUCCCCUCCCAUAAACAGACUCGUCAGGGGCUUUCUUUCUGUAGCCUAGGCCUCUAUGGUAUGAGUUCCCCUAUAUUUAAACAGAUAUGGUACAGCCUCUACACACACUCACCCAUGUAUACGCGCAGUGUUGUCAUAGGAUGUCAUUUGUUCCAAGAUGGGACAGUGUUUCUAUACAUGAGCUUGCGUAUGCUCAGUUGCUUAUAAGACCUGUAAAUCAACUUAUAUACUCUGCCAUACUCAGAAAAAUUACCCCAGUCUUGAGGGUCCAAUGAAUAGCACCACUUAAAAGAUACAAUUAAUCUUUCUUCAAUUCAGAUAGCCACAAAACUCCAAAGUUGUAACGUGAAAUGCUUCAUUUAAAGAUUCAUUAAAGUCUGUUGUCAAUCACACAGAUCAUGAGACAUCUGGAGAUGGCCGCAGAAGCUUUGAUCUAGAACCUUUUCUGAGGAUGGUAACAGGACAGGACUUUGCAUUUGCAGACACAGGGACCUGCAGCGUUUUAACUGAUUCUAACAUAACCUUUCGCAACUUCCUUCAUUGCUACAUUGCUCUAAGAGACACUUACUUCAGCUGCAUUUCUCAAAUGGUAGCUUUCUUCAUUCCAAUAUCAUCCAUUUUCUUGCUAGUGAUGGGCCUGAAACCUCUUGACUAUCAUCAUAUGGUUUGUGGAAAACACUUCAGUCUCCUCUGACAGCAUGGCACCUUUUGGUAAUUGUGAACUUGGUUUCUGGGGUACAAGAUUCAACGGCACUGAUGUUUCAAAGCUAUGGAAAUGGAAUCACACAUGUGAGUUUGGUUGUUGUGUUGUCAAGUGAUACUCAAACAAUGUUGAAUAAUGUGUUAGCUGACCUGUCUAUACAUGAAUUGGCACAUUCUUUUAGGCUUUCAGAAAUCCUAUGGUUGCACCUUUAAAAAUUUCCAAUUAAAAUAUGCCUGUGGCUGUUAAUGUCAGUUGAUUUAUGAAUUCAACACUAACUAUAUUCUACAUUAUUCUUCAGAAAUAUCUUCUGAAGCUAUCUAUAGCAUAAGAUUGCCCAUAAUUAACACUUGGUUUUAUUUUUCACAUAUUUUUCCCAUUGUCUGUAUUUGUGGGCGUUGCAGACUGACAUCCCAAAAGGUGAGGUGAACACUGAAGAUAGUAAUGGUAUUGGUAGGGCUCUUGGGUACUUUGUAAGUGAGUGGGUCUUCCAGAGAGCUAGAAACUUCAUGGAAGCCACUGCAAGUCCUGUAGAUAUGCCAAACGAUGUGCCUUUACCCGACGAAAGUUCGGAGAAGUGGAUUCCAGUGUUAACACUGAACACCCAUGUCAGCCCCUCCGUUGCAGUGUAUUCCUGGGUGUACUGGAGUUUUUUUAUAGCUUUUACCAUCUUCAGCAUCCUUGGUGCCAUUUUGCCAAGACUGAAGAACCCACCAAAACCAGCUGAAGAGAUGAACCCUGACUCAGAUGAAAUGCCUGAAAUGAUGACGCAACCAGAAAUGAAGGGGACAGAAGAGAGCUAUCAAACAAGUACCGAUUCAGAUUUAAUGGGUAGCUACAAAGCAGAUGGUUACCAGAUGAACAUUCCCAUGACCCAUUUUAUGAGCAGUUACAGUCAGAUGACUGAAGGCUCUGAAACAGGAGUAUCUUACCAGCCAAGCAUCUUUUAUCUACCACAGGGAAACUACCCGACCAGAACACAUUUCCAAGUGACUCAGAUUAGAUAGAUGACACGAUGCAAAAUAUAUCCCUAAAGGAACUUCCAAAUCACAUUGAGCUCAUGUGACAUGCAACUAAAAGGGUUAACACCUUGUAAGUGUGAUCCGUAUUACUUUGCAUGGUAAUGAUAAGAGUGCCAUCUGCUUGCGUCGUAGAACUUUAGAUACCUGAGUGGCAUUGUCUCCAAGCUUUCAAGUACUUACCAUCUUGGUAGUACCAGUUAAUUUGUAUUGAUGAAGUGUGGUAGUCUUCCUAAUCUGUUUGUGUAGCUGUUAUUGAGUUCAGAACUCUGUAAAUAUAAAUUGUUUUUGGUGUUGAUGGCUUCAAACCCUAAAGAUUGUAAAUAUAACUCCCUUCUGCUACCUGAUACAGGCUUGUUAGUUGUAUAGCAUUCAGUGGUACCUAAAUCUGUUGGCAUAAAUUGUAGAUACCUCUAAUCUACAUGCAUUUCUGUGUAUAUAUUUGUUUCAGGCAUUCUUCUAUGAAUUUUGUCUUUGGUUAUUUAUUUGUUGUUUGUUUUUUUAAUUUUUUAAUAAAAUCUUUAACAUAUCUGUUGAUGCCUUUGCUUUGUGGCAUCUCUUAAAAUUUUAGCCAUCUCUGAUUCUUAUACCUUCCAUUGAGUUUCAGUCUAAUUCGUUUGUAGAGGGAAGUCACUCCUAAUUCUUUCUUGUCAGUGGGUACCCUUUGCUAAAUUGUGAACCUUGCUUCUAUCAGAAGCAAAAUCAUUCUUAAUUCAGAAUAAAAAUAAAUUGAAGAAAAGUCAUGCUUCAGAGUUUGGUUGGUAUUGUAUCAGAGGUUGGUUUAUUUGAAUGAGUGAGAGAUGUUGAGUAGGCAAACUUUUUUCAUGUGUGAGUGAAGUUGUCUCAGUGUGUGUCUAGGUGAUAUAAUCUGGCAUUUCUUUAUUGGUUUUCAGCUGUAGUCCUCUUGCAGAUACUGUGACUCAUGGGGUUUUGGUACCUAACAACUAAACAUUUGAUGUGUAGAUACUUUUAACAUUUUACCAGUUCCCUUCAGUUUCUCAAAAUUUCCAUUGGAGCAAUGUACAAAUCAUAAUCGCUUUUACUAACCACUUAUUUUUCCUUUCCACGCCCUACCCCUUCUGUAUGUGUCUGUGGGAUUUGCAGAAUGGCACCCAAAGUCCAGAAACUAACAGUCAAGAUAGCAAAGAUGUGGCCAGGGCUUUUGGGUACUCUUUGGCUGACUGGAUCUCUCAACGCACGAGGAGUUUCAUAGAAGCUCUUCGCAUAAGAGGUGCCUCCGAGAACCAGCCUCUUCAUACGGAAGGUCAAAAUGGAGAGACGGCGAGAGUUAUCUCGCUGAAUAGCAACGUCCCUGCCAACACUGCACAGUAUUCUCUUUUGUUCUUGUUCAUUUUAACCUGCUACAGCCUUUUCAGCACCUUUGGUGCCAUUUUGGCAAUAUACAAGUUCCCGCCUAAGACGGUCGAAGAUGUAGUACUUCCUGAAUCCAUGACAGUGCCGGAGAUGUCAUACCUCCCUGGAAUAGUGGAUCCAAAAGAGGGUUACCAUAUGAGUGCUGGUUCCAACAACAUCCAGGUUGUAGAUCAUACCAGCAGUUACAGUCACAUAGGAGACGGCUAUGAAGCGAGCAGCCAGUUUGAGCAAAAUUUCAAUUAUCGACCAAAGGGGGAUUUAUCAGACCAAAAGUAAUGUUCAAGUGGACUCAGUUCAGCAGGAGAAAUCUAACGCCGGUUCUCAGAGAACCUUCUAGUGCAGCAGGAAACUUAGAUGGUAGACCCUCAGUAAGUGUAAUGAUUAGAGUACCAUCUUGUUCUUGUUUUGUAAUGUGUUAAAUAACAUAGUUGACGUUAAUUAAUAAGUAGUUAUUUUAAAAUAACUUCCGUGAUAUUAAAAAAAUUAGGUAUGGCAGUACAUUUUUAUACAUAUUUUUCAUAGUAUUUGUACCUUAAGUGAACCUGUAAAUCGCUGUAGUGUAUAAGUUGUUCAAGUGUGUGUAGUUCUUUAUAGGCUUUCUGCCCCUGUUGUUUUUGUUAUAUAUAUAUAUAUUUAUUAGUUAUUUAUUUGUCAUAAUUGUUAAUAUAUUUAUAAGCAUUUUGAUAAUAAAUUGCACGUAAAACUU